AUGAUUGUUACGUUUCAGAAGCAUAAGCUCUUUGGCAACGAGAUGAUUUUCGUUGCUAACGGUUUAAGUAACGCUGGAAGAAUGUUACGAGUUGUUCUCUCAACUACAUCAAAAAGGAUUAAGACCAAGAACGAUUUCUUCUUAUUAUUUCUCUUAGCUAAGCACAAAAGUUUUCAUUUCUUCACAAAGCCAUUAAACCAAUUAAAAAGAAAUGAAAACGAUGAUCCUAAAAUUUUUCCUGUCCUACUUUACUCUCAGAAUGAUUUUGGAGUACGAUGCCUCCAAGAUAUCGGUGUGGGGAAGCUUUUGAGAUAA